AUGGCGAUUUUCCCAUUCAGCCGUGACCUGGCCCCGGUGCUGCUUUUGCUGCUCACGGCUUUUGUGUGGAAGCGGCAUUUCUACAUGCGUGGUUUGACGUACCGGUCCUCGGUGGUUCCCGUGGGUCGUGAAAGAGCUUUGAAGUCCCUGUUCUACGUGGGCCUCCUUGGCGUCGUCGACGCGGUGCUGCGGCGCUUGGGCCAGCUGCUGUCGCGGCUGCCGUUCUUUUCCCAAGUGCUGCCUCGCUCGGAAACCACUGCGCUGGUCUUAAGGCUGCUGCUGCUGCACAUGCCUUGGGCUUUGUGGGCCCUGCGGGGGCCACUCAGCGAGCGGGGCUCCACGCGGGAUGACCGGGGCUGGUCCGACGCCGUGACGCGCUGGAGCAUGUGGAAGCGGCUGGCGGCGUGCUUCGGCCACACCAGCGUCGUGCUGUCGGAGGAGUGGCGGGAUCUCAGUGAGUCGGAGAGGAGGCGCUGGUACGAUCGACACUAUGUCAUCGCUAUGCACCCGCACGGCCUGCUACCGUUUGGGGCCAUUCUCAAUGGACUGACUUGGGCCGGCGGCGGCCUGCGCGGGGUGACUGCCUCCGGCGCUACCUUACCCGAACCUGAGAACGGCGGCGAGCUGUUGCACCAGAAAUGGUUCAGGCACAUGAAGCUUCGAGCUGCUGUAGCGUCAGGGGCUUGCGGGCUCUUCCCAGGCUUCUACGAGAUGUUUACCACUCUCGGGGCCUUCGAGUGCACCAAGCCCUUCAUCCAGGAGGUUUUGCGCCAGGGCAAGGACGUGGCGAUUUUCGUGGGCGGCGCAAAGGAAAGCUGCUAUGCCAGCCCUGGGCGGUAUGUGUGCUUUGUGAGCACUCACAAAGGAUUUGUGCGAUUGGCCUUGGAGGAGCAUCGUGACAUACUGCCCAUGUGGACUUUCGGCGACGAGUCCAUUUUGCCGCAGAUGGUGAAUCCGCCAUCCUGGCUUCCAGCUCUGCAGAACCUUGCGAAGAGCAUCACCGGCCUACUAGUGCCUCCGGCGUUCUCCGGACCGCCACGCUUGGUGCCAUUGACGAUGGUCACAGGCGUCCCUGUAUCCUUGGAAGACCUGUGGCCUUCCCAGCUGGGUGGAGCCGUCACAGAUGCGGCGGUCGAUGAGGCCGAGCCUCGGCUACGGGACAAGCGGGACAAAGGAGGCGCGGGAUGGGAGCCAGGCCUCGUGCGAAACGGCCUUGAAAGGCAGCAGCUUUUGCUGGCUGAACUGAUCGAGCGACAAGAAGACCCGCUUGAUGAACAAUUGCAUAGGCUUCUGGGUAUGCUGCUGGAAGAUCCCUGCUGCGAUGGUCCUGAGCGCAGCGAGGCAAGCCAAAGCGACGGCUGGCAACAAGAAAGCAGGCCGCAAAGCAACUCAUCCAGGAGUGCUCGACCGAGACCAAAGCCAACACCCAAGCCAGGCGCAGACAAAUCGGUGAAAAGCGCCGAGGACAAGCUGGCUCGUGAGUUGGAAGGUCUGAUCCAAAGCAAGGAUUGGCUGCAGGUGAAGAGGAAGAUCAAGCUGGGGGUUUGGCGGCUGGCGUGCUGCCAGAGUGGUUCCCGGCAGCUCCAGCAGCUGCUGAAGAAGAGCUGCAGAGUGGGCCCUAACGCCACGGAGCCAGAGAAGAAGGCAGCAGAAGAAUGGAGGGCUGCAGUAGACAUUGUCAUCGCCGAACUAAGAACUCACGUGCUUCAGGUCACCGCAGCCAGGGAGGUGUCCAACUUUUCCAACUAUGUCCUGCAAGCGUGCAUACAAGAGCUCUCGCCAGAACGAUUCAGUUUCAUCCUUGAGGAGAUGAAGAAUCACGUCGCCAAAGUUGCGGUGGAUCCUCAGGGGUGCCGUGUCAUGCAAAGAAUCAUUGAACAUGUCGGCGACAAAGACGAGUACACCAUGCCGCUGCUGCAAGAGAUCCUUCCGAAGCUGAAAGAGGUGGCAAUGGAUCGCUAUGGCAACCACGUCGUGCAGAAGUUUCUUGAGAUGGCCUCUGAGAAUCAGAGGAGCGCCCUCGUGCAGGAGUUGUUCCAGCUGGGGCAGAUGCCGGGCCAGCUGUCGGAGCUGGCUAUGGGCCGGUAUUCUAGCCACGUCUUGGAGAAUGCGGUGGUGAACACAUCCCCUGAGCUGCGGCACGAGUUCAUUGCCAUCCUGGAGAAGGAGCUCCACAGGAAGAAAGCCAAUCAUGAUGGCACACCAGGGCGCAUGCAAAAGAAGACAGAGUUUGGCAGCUUCGUCUGGCGCUGCCUGCGCAAGAUACAGCAGGAGAGUCCCAAGGUCGCAUCCAACACGCCAAAGCCUGCCUUUCCCUCAGAAGAGCCGCGACCCACAGCGCCAGCGCCAGCGUCCGCAGCAGCAGCCGCAGCACCCGCGCCGACGGCGCCUGCUGCGCCUGCAGCAGCACACGCCCAGGUGGUAGCCCCAUGCAUGACGCUUUCCUAUCCCAUCUUGGUGCCGUCCAUUCCUGUCUAUCCUGUUUGGCGAUGGCCAAAUGCAUGCUGA